AUGGCCAGCAACAUUCGAUUCGACGGAAAGGUCGCCAUUGUCACUGGUGCCGGAGGAGGCCUCGGUAAAGCCUAUGCUCUUUUCUUCGCCACCCGUGGUGCUAGUGUUGUGGUCAAUGACCUCGGUGUGUCGCGAACAGGCGAUGGCAACAGCACCAAUGCCGCCGAUGUGGUUGUGGAAGAGAUCCGUCAGGCGGGCGGUCAAGCCGUUGCAAACUAUAAUUCCGUCGAAGACGGUGCAAAGAUCGUUGACACUGCCAUGAAAGCUUUCGGACGCGUGGACAUUGUCAUCAACAAUGCGGGCAUUCUGCGCGAUAAGUCUUUUGCUCGCAUGACCGAUGCCGACUGGGACCUCAUUCAAGCUGUCCACGUCAAGGGUUCUUAUGCCGUCACCAAAGCAGCAUGGCCUAUAAUGAAGAAACAGAAAUUCGGUCGUAUCAUCAUGACCGCUUCUGCUGCCGGCUUGUACGGUAACUUUGGUCAAGCCAACUACAGUGCAGCCAAACUCGCACUCGCCAGUUUCAGCAAUUCUCUCGCCAAGGAAGGCGCCAAGGACAACAUUCACUGCAAUACCAUUGCUCCCAUGGCCGCUUCCCGAAUGACGGAAACUGUGAUGCCUCCGGAGAUUCUCGCUUCUCUUAAACCCGAAUUCGUCACUCCUGUUGUAGGAUAUCUUUGCCAUGAGAACACCCAAGAUAAUGGCGGUAUCUUUGAAGUCGGUGGCGGUUUUGUCUCCAAACUAAGAUGGGAGCGUUCUACUGGCGUUGUCUUUAAGGCGGAUGAAUCGUUUACACCUGGUGCUGUUGGUGCCAAGUUUGAUGAAAUUACCGACUUUGAUAAGAACAACGAAUAUCCUACUUCCAUCAUGGAUACCGAUUUCUUGGCUUUGUUGGAGCGUGCGAAACAAACCGAUGCCAAUCCCAAAGCCGAACCUCUGGAUUUCAGUGGCCAGGUUGCCAUUGUCACCGGUGCUGGUGGAGGUCUUGGUAGAGCCUAUGCCUUGAUGCUUGCCAAACACGGUGCCUCAGUUGUUGUAAAUGAUCUCGGAGGAUCCACACACGGUCAAGGCUCCGACUCUCGUGCUGCCGAUUUGGUGGUGGAUGAAAUCCGCAAAGCAGGUGGAAAAGCCGUUGCCAACUAUGAUUCUGUAGAAGAUGGUGAAAAGGUGGUCGAAACUGCCUUGAAAGCCUUUGGACGCGUGGAUAUUUUGGUCAACAAUGCCGGUAUUCUUCGUGACAAGUCCUUUGCUAGAAUGGCGGAUGCCGAUUGGGAUCUUGUACAUCGCGUGCACUUGAGAGGCACCUACAAAGUCAUCAAGGCGGCAUGGCCUCAUUUCGUGCAGCAAAAAUAUGGUCGUAUCAUCAACACAGCAUCAGCGGUCGGUCUCUACGGCAACUUUGGUCAAACCAACUACAGUGCCGCUAAAUUGGGCAUUGUCGGUCUUAGCAAGACCCUUGCUUUGGAAGGUCAACGUAAGAAUAUCCUUUGCAACGUGAUUGCGCCCAAUGCCGGUACUCGUAUGACGGCUACCAUCAUGCCGCCAGAAAUGGUCGAAGCCUUCAAGCCUGAAUACGUUGCGCCUUUGAUCGGUUAUUUGGCUCACAGCAGCAACGAGGAAACUGGUGGUAUCUUUGAAGUCGGCAGCGGCUGGAUCGCUAAAGUCCGAUGGCAGCGAACGGGUGGUGUUGGUUUCCCUGCCAACCGUACUCUCACCCCGGAACAAGUCGCUGAAGCAUGGUCUCGUAUCACUGAUUUCGAUGAUGGUCGUGCCACCAACCCCGAAAGCACCCAAGAAUCAUUCCAAGGCUUCAUGGAGAACUUUAGCAAUAUUGCUGAGGAGGAACAGAAGUCUAGCGCAAAAUCAGAGGGUGGCGUCGACCUCGAGAGUGUCAACAAGAUGAAAUUCGAAGCUUUGGAAUUCACCUAUGAAGAACGCGACCUUAUUCUGUAUGCCUUGGGCGUCGGCUGCAAGCGUCAGGACCUUCGAUGGGUCUAUGAGAACGAUGUGAACUUUGGCGCUUUACCUACCUUUGGUGUCAUUCCUUCCUUUGCUUCCAUGAACUCAUUUCCCUUUGGCGAUGUGUUGCCAUCAUUUAACCCCAUGAUGCUGUUGCAUGGUGAGCAAUUCUUGUCCCUCAAGAAGCCAAUUCCAAGCAGCGGCACACUGAAAUCGGUGCCCCGUGUUGUGGAAAUCUUGGACAAGGGCAAGGGUGCUGCUGUGGUGAUUGGUGUAACGACUACCGACGAAAGUGGGGAAGUCGUGUUCGAGAAUGAAUACACUCUUUUUAUCCGUGGCAGCGGCGGAUUUGGUGGACCCAAGAAGGGCGCUGAUCGUGGUGCGGCUACAGCGGCUAAUACUCCCCCCAACCGUAAACCUGACGCUGUCGUGAAGGAAAAGACCCUCGAGGACCAGGCUGCCCUCUACCGUUUGAGCGGUGACUACAAUCCUUUGCAUAUUGAUCCUGAAAUGUCAGCCAUGGGCGGAUUUGACGUACCGAUUCUCCAUGGUCUCUGCUCCUUUGGUAUCUCUGGCAAGCAUGUACUCCAGACUUUUGGAAAUAACAAUGCUGAAUCUUUCAAGAAUAUCAAAGCUCGCUUCGCCAAGCAUGUCUUUCCUGGCGAGACAUUGGAAACGCAGAUGUGGAAGGAAGGAAACAAGGUGAUCUUCCAAACCCGAGUUGUCGAACGUGAUGUCAUUGCAAUUUCAAAUGCUGCUGUUGAGCUUGUCAAUAACCGUGACAGCAAAUUGUAA